AUGGAGCAAGCCACGCCGGCGCCGCACCCACACGCAGAUGCGGUCCCUACCAGCCCAGCAUCACACGCCGCGGGCCCCCAACCAUUCCAGACCGUCGGAUCACCUCCAGAAACCCUAGCAACCAAACCCCUCCUACCCUCUCCUACGCAGCUCGUCCAGAUGUCGUCCGAGGCGGCGAAGGUGGCGGUGCCGGAGUCGGUGCUCCGCAAGCAGAAGCGCGAGGAGCAAUGGGCCGCCGAGAAGAAGGAGAAGGCCCUGGCCGAGAAGAAGAAGUCCAUCGAGAGGCGCAAGCUCAUCUUCACCCGCGCAAAGCAGUACGCCGAGGAGUACGAUGCCCAGGAGAAGGAACUGGUGCAGCUUAAGCGUGAGGCCCGUUUGAAGGGUGGUUUUUAUGUCAGUCCUGAGGCAAAGCUGCUUUUUGUGAUCUUGCAGCUUCUGUGUUUGAGGCAGAUCUUCAACGGUGUGUUCCUGAAGGUCAACAAGGCUACUAUUAACAUGCUUCGCAGGGUUGAGCCAUAUGUUGCAUAUGGUUACCCGAACUUGAAGAGUGUCAGGGAGUUGAUCUACAAGAGGGUCUAUGGAAAGCUGAACAAGCAGAGGAUCCCUCUCUCCAACAACCAAGUCAUCGAGGAGGGCUUGAGCAAGCACAACAUCAUCUGCGUUGAGGAUCUUGUUCACGAGAUCAUGACUGUCGGCCCACACUUCAAGGAGGCGAACAACUUCCUGUGGCCAUUCAAGCUAAAGGCGCCUUUGGGUGGCCUGGAGAAGAAGAGGAACCACUAUGUGGACGGUGGUGAUGCCGGUAACCGUGAGAACUACAUCAAUGAGCUAAUCGAAAGAAUGAAUUAG